AUGGCGGCCAGCAGGAGGCUGAUGAAGGCGCUUGAAGAAAUCCGCAAAUGUGGGAUGAAAUACUUCCAGGUUGAUGAAGCUAGUUUAUUGACUUGGCAAGGGCUGAUUGUUCCUGACAACCCUCCAUAUGAUAAGGGGGUCUUCAGAAUCAAAAUCAACUUUCCAGCAGAGUACCCAUUCAAACCAAUGAAGAUCACAUUUAAAACAAAGAUCUAUCACCCAAACAUCCAUGAAAAGGGUCAGGGUUGCCUGCCGGUAAUUAGUGCUGAAAACUGGAAGCCAGCAACCAAAAGUGACCAAGUAAUCCAGUCCCUCAUAGCACUGGGCAAUGACCCCCAGCCUGGACACCCGCUCCAGGCUGACCUAGCUGAAGAAUACUCUAAGGACUGUAAAAAAUUCUGUAAGACUGCUGAAGAGUUUACAAAGAAAUAUGGGGCAAAGCGACCUGUGGACUAA